AUGAGGAAAGGUUCUCAGUGCCUGGCUGGGAUCGCUGGGAAGCUGGUCAAAAAGGUAAAAGUCAUUGACACUCGCUGGCAACCCCAGCAGAACCUGGGCCCCCCUCGGGACUGCAGCCCUCGGCCAGGCCAGAGGGCCCGGAAGGAGGCUCAAGUUCAGGAAACUUCCCGGCUCAGCAGGGCAGCCAGCCUGCACCUCUGCGCCUCGCCUGUCCUGCGCGCACUCCGAGAACAUGCCAGGAAUCCAGAGGUGGGUGCCGGGCUCCGGGGGCUGGAAACGGACCCAAAGCGUUCCACAGUGGAGCUCCGGGGCGCAGAUGCCGCGCUGCGCAAACCCGAGCCUUCUUCCUGCUCUUCCCUCCGGCAGCAGGACUGCGGGCUCCUGUGCUGGAUACUCACCGCCACCGUCCUGGCUCUCUGUCUUCUGAGUCCUGGAGAUGCACAGCAACAGUGCACUAACGGUUUUGACCUGGAUCGAACGUUAGGACAGUGCUUAGACGUGGAUGAAUGCCGGACCAUCCCCGAAGCCUGCCGAGGAGACAUGAUGUGUGUUAACCAAAACGGCGGAUAUUUAUGCAUCCCUCGAACAAACCCGGUGUACCGAGGGUCCUAUUCAAACUCCUUCUCGACCCCUUACUCAGGCGGUCCGUACCCAGCAGCUGCCCCACCGCUGUCAGCUCCAAGCUAUGCCACGAUUUCCAGGCCUCUCAUCUGCCGCUUUGGGUACCAGAUGGAUGAAAGCAACCAGUGUGUGGAUGUGGAUGAGUGUGCAACGGACUCUCACCAGUGCAACCCGACCCAGAUCUGCAUCAACACGGAAGGAGGCUACACCUGCUCUUGCACUGAUGGUUACUGGCUCCUAGAAGGGCAGUGCUUAGACAUAGACGAGUGUCGCUAUGGCUACUGUCAGCAGCUGUGUGCGAAUGUCCCUGGAUCCUAUUCCUGUACGUGCAACCCUGGUUUCACCCUCAACGAGGAUGGAAGGUCUUGCCAAGACGUGAACGAGUGUGCAACUGAGAACCCCUGUGUGCAAACGUGCGUCAAUACCUACGGCUCUUUCAUCUGCCGCUGUGACCCUGGCUAUGAACUUGAGGAAGACGGUGUUCACUGCAGUGAUAUGGACGAGUGCAGUUUCUCCGAGUUCCUCUGCCAGCAUGAAUGUGUGAACCAGCCUGGCACCUACUUCUGCUCCUGCCCGCCCGGCUACAUCCUGCUGGAGGACAACCGGAGCUGCCAGGACAUCAACGAAUGUGAACACAGAAACCACACGUGCAACCAGCUUCAGACCUGCUACAAUUUGCAGGGAGGGUUCAAGUGCAUCGACCCCAUUCGCUGCGAGGAGCCCUAUCUGCGUAUCAGUGACAACCGCUGCAUGUGCCCUGCUGAGAAUCCCGGCUGCCGAGACCAGCCCUUCACCAUCCUGUACCGGGACAUGGACGUGGUGUCCGGACGCUCUGUCCCUGCUGACAUCUUCCAGAUGCAGGCGACAACCCGCUACCCUGGGGCCUAUUACAUUUUCCAGAUCAAGUCCGGGAAUGAGGGCAGAGAGUUCUAUAUGCGGCAAACAGGCCCCAUCAGUGCCACCCUGGUGAUGACCCGCCCCAUCAAAGGGCCCCGGGAAAUCCAGCUGGACUUGGAGAUGAUCACCGUCAACACUGUCAUCAACUUCAGGGGCAGCUCCGUGAUCCGGCUGCGGGUAUACGUGUCGCAGUACCCCUUCUGA